AUGGUACAGGACAUGGCUGAGUUCCCCUUGUUUAGUGUAAAGAGAAAAGAUGCAGUGAGAUAUCAGUGCCAGUACUCGGUGCUGGAGCCACCAGGGACAUUGGAGAAGAGUGAACCCGUGGAGCUGGUGGUGACAGAUCCCAGCUAUCCCCGAGCCAACAUUUCCCUGAUCCCCAAGGAACGUGUGGAGACGGGGACCAAUGUCACCAUCCAGUGCAGCAACCAGAAAUAUAGGGGCACCAUCUUCCUGCACAAGGAUGGGCACUCAGCCCCUCUCCAGCACCAAGAACCCAACGGUGAGGGCACAGCCACCUUCACCCUCUUUGGGGUGACCCCAGCUGACUCUGGCACCUAUAGGUGCUCCUACCGCGUUGGGGGCUUUUACCAUCUGUCCUCAUGCCUCGGAG